GCGGCUGGCUGGAGGUGUGAGUUGCGCUGUUGCGGCGCAGAGCGGAGUGUGGACGCGGCGGCGGGCGGCGUACAGCGGUGCACCCGAACCAACUUCUCGGAUAAAAGCCACCACAAGGACAAAAAGGAACAGAAGAGCUGCCAUGUCGGUGCGGAGGAGGGUCUCGGGCUUUGACAGCGCUCAGCCCCGUUACUACUGAGCGCGCGUGAGUAAAAAAAAGAGGAAAAAAGGGAGAACACGCUGCUUUUUGGCGCUUCUUCUGGCUGCUGUGUGGAUACCGCGUCCCCGAUGGACGGGCAGCGGGGCUUUUACGAGAUGGAGAACCCGGCGGAGAACCCCAGCAAGGCGGUGGAGUACCUCGCAGAGCUGAACAAGAUCAUCGAGACGCAGCAGGAGCUGCUGGAGAAGCAGCGGGUCCGGAUCGAGGAGCUGGAGCUCCAGGUGACGGACCUCUGCAAGGAGAACGUGUGCCUGAAAGACCAGCACCAGCGGCACCUGCUCACCUGCAGGCUCCAGCAGGGCAACCACUCCGGCCUGGGAGCCAUCAAGGAGAACGCCGCGCAGGAAAAAGCUGAAAGCGCAAGUUCAAGAAGCGUCAGACGACACGUCUCUUUGCCUGUAGAAGUCUCAGAGACACCUCUAAACCUUAUUGCCCGACCGUGUAGAAGAAGCUACCCCUGUCGCAAAUGGAAGUCAGCAUCUUUUGGACCAGACACAGGAGUCCCCAGCGCCGCCAUGGCUCACAGACGCCACCAUUACUUUGUGGAAGGUGAUGCUGCGGGCGGCGAGGUGGGCGCCUCUGUGGACCCCGGCGGCGUCUACAGCUGCAUCCCAGUGACCCACAGCGGCGGCCUGGGCCCCGACCACCUGGACAGCCAGCUCUACGGACACAUCCUGCUGCCCGGCCACCUGCGGCCCCGCCGACCCAAGCUCCAGCACUCCCAGUCCAUCCUCCGCAAGCAGGCGGAGGAGGAGGCCAUCAAGCGGUCCCGCUCGCUGUCGGAGAGCUAUGAGCUCUCGUCGGAUCUGCAGGACAAGCAGGUGGAGAUGCUAGAGCGUAAAUAUGGUGGGCGUUUCAUAACACGGCAUGCAGCCCGCACCAUCCAGACCGCCUUCCGCCAGUACCAGAUGAACAAGAACUUUGAGCGUCUAAGAAGUUCUAUGUCGGAGAACCGUAUGUCCAGACGGAUUGUCCUAUCUAAUAUGAGGAUGCAGUUUUCCUUUGAAGGACCUGAAAAAGUCCACAGCUCCUACUUUGAGGGAAAGCAGGUCUCACUAACGGAUGACAGCACCAAAAUGGGUGCACUGGUGCAGUCAGAGCUCGGUGGGGAGAUGGGCCUUCAGGCCAAAACCCCUACCACGCAGAGCGACUUCACAGACGCUAUCUCAGAACUGGAAGAUGCCUUCUCCAGGCAGGUCAAGUCUCUAGCCGAGUCCAUAGAUGAUGCGCUCAACUGUCGCAGUCUGCAUGGUGAUGACAGCCAGUCGGAGCCAGGGAUGGCCCACCAGGACAUGGACAGGGAGGUCGGCUGCCAGGUGAAACCCUCCCGCAGCGCUUCGGAGCAUCGCAAACUAGACGAGAUGACGGCGUCCUACAGUGAUGUGACCCUUUACAUCGAUGAAGAAGAACUCUCCCCGCCACUGCCCCUGUCUCAAUCCGUUGACCGACCUUCCAGCACAGAAUCCGACUUGCGUCAGCGCUCCCUCAACUCUUCCCAGGACUACUGGUCCCUGGCUCAUAAGGACGAUAAAGGGGACACGGACACCAGCUGCCGUAGUACACCAUCUUUGGAAUGCCAAGAGCAGCGCCUGCGGGUGGACCACCUACCCUUACUGACCAUUGAGCCUCCGAGCGACAGCUCGGUGGAGCUGAGUGAUCGCUCCGACCGCAGCUCCCUGAAGAGACAGAGCGUCUACGAACGGGGCCUCGGCAACCAGCAGAGCAGCCCCAAAAACAUGGGCCUGCCACCCCGCGGGCCUCCCAGGGACGAGGAUGCUACUCGCCAUCGACCACGGCAACUGGAGGCCCAGCUGGCCAUCAACGGCACCGCCAACCGGCAGAGCAAGUCGGAGUCCGAUUUCUCAGACGGCGACAACGACAGCAUCAACAGCACGUCCAACUCCAAUGACACCAUCAACUGCAGCUCCGAGUCCUCGUCCAGGGACAGCCUGAGGGAGCAGACGCUCAGCAAGCAGACGUACCACAAGGAGACUCGCAACAGCUGGGACUCGCCCGCGUUCAGCAAUGACAUCAUCCGCAAGAGGCACUACCGCAUUGGCCUCAACCUCUUCAACAAGAAACCAGAAAAAGGCAUCCAGUAUCUGAUAGAGAGAAACUUUGUUCCGGACACUCCAGUGGGUGUGGCCCACUUCCUGCUCCAGAGGAAGGGCUUGAGUAGGCAGAUGAUUGGCGAGUUCCUGGGUAACCGACAGAAACAGUUCAACCGAGAUGUCCUUGACUGUGUGGUGGACGAAAUGGACUUCUCGGCUAUGGAGCUGGACGAAGCCCUCAGGAAAUUCCAGGCACACAUCAGAGUGCAGGGUGAAGCACAGAAGGUCGAGCGCCUGAUAGAGGCCUACAGCCAACGCUACUGCAUCUGCAACCCCGGUGUGGUGCGGCAGUUCAGGAAUCCCGACACCAUCUUCAUCCUGGCGUUCGCCAUCAUCCUCCUCAACACGGAUAUGUACAGCCCCAACGUCAAGCCGGAGAGGAAGAUGAAGCUAGAGGACUUUGUCAAGAACCUUCGAGGGGUGGAUGACGGGGAAGACAUCCCCCGGGAGAUGCUGGUGGGGAUUUAUGAGCGCAUUCGCAAGCGGGAGCUCAAGACCAACGAGGACCACGUGUCCCAGGUCCAGAAAGUGGAGAAACUCAUCGUUGGGAAAAAGCCGAUUGGCUCGUUGCACCAUGGUCUGGGCUGUGUGCUCUCCUUACCCCACCGCAGACUGGUCUGCUACUGCAGGCUCUUUGAAGUGCCCGACCCCAACAAACCUCAGAAGUUGGGCCUUCACCAGAGGGAGAUCUUCCUCUUUAACGACCUGCUGGUGGUUACUAAAAUCUUCCAAAAGAAGAAGAACUCUGUGACGUACAGCUUUCGGCAGUCCUUCUCCCUUUACGGCAUGCAAGUGCUGCUCUUUGAGAACCAGUAUUAUCCCAAUGGAGUCCGUCUGACCUCAGCCAUUCCCGGAGCUGACAUCAAAGUCCUUAUCAACUUCAAUGCACCCAAUCCUCAGGACCGCAAGAAGUUCACCGACGAUUUGCGAGAAUCCAUCGCUGAAGUCCAAGAGAUGGAGAAGUACCGGAUAGAAUCGGAGCUAGAGAAGCAGAAGGGCGUGGUGCGGCCCAUCAUGUCCCAGUGUUCCGGACUCAAGAAGGACACGGGCAACGGCAACCUCAGCCGAGGGAGCCUCGACGACAGCUAUGCCGUCGUUGAGGGUUUGAAGAGGAGCGCCCUCAGCAGCUCCCUGCGUGACCUCUCAGACGCAGGCAAGCGUGGGAGACGCAGCAGUGCGGGAUCCCUAGACAGCAAUAUGGAAGGGUCCAUCAUUAGCAGCCCCCACAUGCGCCGGAGGACCCCCUCGGGCCGCGACUGCCCGUCCCGCCACAGCGGCCAGUCCCUUCCCAACUCCUCCUCGCUGCUCGGAACUCUGUUCGGCGCCCGGCGGGUGAAGUCCCCCAGCCCCACCCAGCAGGCCCUGCACCCCACCCUCAUCUCCCACACCCCCCACCCCGCCAACCUUCACCACACGGCCCGGUCGGAGACGGACGCGCAGGCGUCCGCACACCCGCACCACGCCCAGUUCUGUCACGUGACCCAGAACCCCCCGCCUUACCACCACCACCACCACUACCACCCGCCGGCCCACCUACAGCAGCCGCCGCACCAGUACCACACUGUCCCGUCUCAUAACCAGCAGCCAGGCUACCCGCCGCACCCCCAUGGCCACGGGGGUCACCCAGCGCACCCCUCACACCCUGUCCACCCUGUCCACGGGCCCCACCACCACGGCCCGCCGCCGCCCUCCCAGGCGCCCAGCAGCGCCAAGCCCAAGAACAGCGGCAUCAGCACCGUGGUCUGAGAUGCGCGGGAGGAGGAGACGGGGGGGGGGGGGGGAUCUCUCUCAACUGAACUUUUUUUUUAAUUUUUAUUUCCGAGGAUCUUUUUUUUCCGUUUGACGCUCCAGCCAGCACAUUGAAUAUGAAUUCAUUUCCUCUACAGUCGCUCCCUCUCAUUUCAUCUCACACGUCACGCACGGCUGCCUCGUCAGCAGCGGACAAGGACUCAAGAGCAUGCACAAAGACCACAACUACUGUUUCUCCUCAGCAAAUGAAAGCGACACAUUCAAAUGUCUCGCUCAGCGAUCUAACCAGGUGUGGGGGGGCCGUGUGGGGGGGGGGCAUGGUCACCCUCAGCCGCACAGUAGCUGUUCCAGUAUUUAAUGUAGCGGUAGCCCACAGCGCACUGUGACAUCUCUGUUAACAGUGAUAAAUGUGCCAAUUACAGAAGCAUUUACUAAUUUAGUCACAAUUAUUGCUCUGUGUAUAUUGUGCAUAGUGUUUUGUAAAAUGAUUAUAUCAACUGAUAUUAUAGUUCAUUAUAACUCUCAGUAUAUUAUGCUGGCACAUAGAGCUUUUACUGGUGGUCGUUGGUUUCUGGGUCGUAUCUCAACCAAAGCGAGCCGACGAGCGAAAACAGAUUCACCCGAAUGUCCGCCAUCAUUUAGAUUUUUUUUUAGACCUUUUUUGUUGUUGUUGUUCAGAGACCCGAAGAGGGCCUGGACUGCGACCUGGUGGGCUGGUGCAGGAAGAAGAAGAAGAGGAGGAGGAGUUCGUUUUUUACCCUCCCAGGAAGCUGUGAAUGUGGAAGCUCUCAGCUGGCUGAGUAGGCCCCUCGGCGGCGGCUCCUCCACCACAGCGGCAGAAAAUCAAUCAUUAUCAUCCUGCGACGGAGCCCUGCUUCCCUUCACUCAGCGGGAAACACUCGGCAGUUUUUAUAUCAAUCAUCCUUCUGACAUAUUACCGGACGAUGUGUCCAGAGCGGAGGAAGGUGGGGGGGCAUAUUUUAUUUUGAGAAGUGACAGACACUGCACUCGUUCUACUAGUCGAUAUCAAAGGCAGAAGUCUGAAUCUGUUUGGAGAUUAUAGAUUGGAUUCUUCUUUUUUACUUGUAUGUGCAAUAUGUAUUUACUUGUUUAUUUGUAUCUAAGAGCUAUUUCGAUCUGAUGGUUGUUCCAAUCUGUUUGGUUCUGUUGUCUUUUUUUUGUCCCCCACUCCCCCAACCCCCCCCUCCCCCCCCCAAUGUACUUUGUAAUUUAUUUCCCUAAUGCAAGUAUCUACAUGGAUUUGACGGACUGGACCUGCGCUUAUAAAAGAAGUCCAAGGAAAACCCUUUUGCAUGUAACAAUGUCUCUCCGGGCUGUCGAGUACUACCAAACUAUAUCAGUGUUGCGGUCGACAGUUGUUAAAAACUAAAAAAGAUUAGUGGUAGAUUAGUUUUGACUCUUCAAAUACAGCUAAUGAAAAGUCAACUACGUAUUUGUGUCACUUCAGAGGACAAGUACAUCCGAAUCGCUUCCUGAUGCGCCGGGUCUUAGGAGGCAUAGGAGGACAGUGGAGGUCUCAGAGACGAAGGACGAGCCUGGACAUCUGGAAUUCUGAGUGAUGAUUAGGGGAAAGAUUUGAUUAAAUAAUUAAUUAAUUGUUAAAUAAGAAAAAAGCGGAACAUGCUAGCAAUAUUUUUCUUUCUUGCCGUUGUCUCGACGUUGCCAGUUAAUCGUUUGAUAAUGACGCCAAAUCAUCCUGCUUUAUUUACUUUAGACAACCCUAAAACCUUUGAGUUUGACUCUAAAUGUUUAAAUAUCCACCUUAUAUUCCGGCGUAGGUAAGGUUCUAUGGAGUCACUAAAGUGCCAAUACUGCAUGGUCAUCACAUUUGAAAACUGAUUUAUACCAAAAUGAAAUGUUCCCGGCACAAUGCCCCACAGUCACCAACCCGUUGUAAUGGAACAAUGGUGCAAAUGAAACCUAGCUUCCUUCCACACUUUCGUCCAAUCAGUGAGUCACAAACACCUUCAAGCAACUGAUCAGUUGUGAAAAACCCGUCCAGGUUCGGUGUGAGGUGCUGAGUUGCAAGCCAUACCUUUUGUCUCUCUCACACUUUGUUAAUUAUUUAGUUUGUGGUGUGGUUUUAUGGAGCUUUGACCCGCCCCUAAACUUUCACCGUAGCUUUGAUUCCUCUGACUGCUCCUUUCAGUUUGGAGCGAGUCUUUUGAUUCCAAGUUGUGUCAUCUCACUCCCGGCUCACACUGUACAGUACAAAGACAUAUACUGCUGGAUGUUAAUAGCUAAUCCACCGGGGGAGGGGGGCGCGUAAUGUGGGUCGACAAAGAGGCUCAGAAAGGGAGGUGAUGUUUUACGGGUGUGUUGGUAGCCGAAAACCAAUGAGAAAAAUACAUGUAAAUAGCCUGUAAAUAAUGAUAAUUAUUAUUACUACUACCGCUCGGUGUCCGCAGGUCCAACGAAGGUGCAUCUCUGCUCCCCUCUGAUAUUUACAUAAUCAUCGACUGCUUUCUCUCUGCCUCUGACCAGGACUGAUUUAUCAUAGGGGUGUAGAGCCGUGGCUCAUUUUUCCGGAGAUUCUCUCGCACUCACGGCCCAGAUUUGGAAGGUCGAAACGGAAGGGAGGAGUGCUCCUUAUUUUAUUACGCAUUCUGUUUCUAAGUAGAAAAACCCUAUCGAUGUAAAACUAGUACUGUGACGAUGUUGAGAAACGCAAAAUAAAACCAUAUAUUGUAAAA